CAAGGAUCGAGAGGAUUGGGAUAUUGACAACGUUAAGAUAUAGAAAUGUAGAUCACCGUGGCUAAGUUCGCGGGUAAGCACGCUCCCGACCUCCUAACUAAGGAACAAGGGGCUCAUGCCUACCGACUCUUCAAACACCACAUUUGCAUCUCAAGCGUCUGAUUACAUAUGUCGCCACGAUAAUGCUCAAAAUCGCCUUUUCCUUGCUCCUGGGAACUUCCCUCAACAAAUCCGCCACCUAGGCGCUCGCACUUCCUCCUGGUCUCGACGGCCUACAACACAAGGGGAGAACAACUUCAUCACGCUGGACGCCUACGUUCGGUACUCACUCUCUGGAGUCGCGACGUCGUCGUCGCCACAGUACGGGUACAAGUCGGGCACAUCGUUUGCGACGCCUAUCGUCGCGGGACUGGCGGCGAACCUCCUCGAGUUUGCGCGCCACUCGCUCGGCGACGGCGGCGUCAGCAAGGCCGAGCAGGAGUGGCUGUACUCGCGCCGCCGAAACCGCGGCCGUGCUGAGGAGGCUGUCGUACGACAACGGGCAGUAUCUGCUGCUGCGUCCGUGGUUGGUGCCCGUGGAACACAAAGCCUUGACGAUUCGACAGUAUCUGGGACUCGGAUUCGGGAGGCGUUGAAGUAUGAUUACCUGUGACGCCGAAACAAGGUUCCUGUGAAGGGGCUGUGGAAGAAGUUCAAAGAGCGUUGUUUUCCAUAAUUUGCGGUAACAAGGAGAAGGCACUAAUUAGAUACUAUGUACACCAAUAUGAGGGUCUCUGUUCAUGGUAAAAAAGACGUGAUUUCCAAAGAAAGGGGAAACUUGACCAAUCCCCGGCCCCUGCGCACGUUAGGGCAAUCCAAUGUGACAAGAAAUAGACUAAUUUUUUUUUAAAAAAAAAAAAACAAAAAAAACAAAAAAAAACAAA